AUGGAGGGUAAAAUCGGCGGCUCGAUCGCGGCGGAACAGGGUGAAAUCCUGAAGGGGAAGAAGGCGAGCGCGUCGGAGGGGUCUGAAAUCCGGAAGAUGAAUAAGGCGAGCGCGUCGGAACGGGGUGAAAUCCGCGCGUCGCAGGGGACUGAAGUCCUGAAGAGGAAGAAGGAGUUGGCGGAGGCAAUAGCGGCGGAGGGUCGCCGGUGGCUGGGCCGCAGGACCACGGCGGAGGAUGCACAGCCGUCCGGGUCCGGCAAGAAGAGGAAGGUGGUGGUCAAGAGGAGGUUGCCGCAGGCACUCAUCGACUUUUUGAUUGCAAAUCCCUGCAAGCUCGUCGAUGAGCUCCCUGACGACGUGCUGGCCGAGAAGGACUAUGAAUACCGCGAAACCUACGCUGAGAAAAAGGACAAGGCCCAGAAGAUAAAUGCCUACAAUCAGACCCUCAUCGACCAGUACUACGCGAAUGGCUAUGCGGAUGACGAGUCUGAGGUCAGUGACGACGAGGAGGAAACGGUGGAGAACUAA